AUGAACACCGUCACCCUCUUCACUCUUCUCGGCACGCUUGCUUCGGCCAGCCCGCUCGUUCCAAGGGGUGUGGGCAGCUGCGACACUGCGCCACUGUCCGAUCCUCCCAAGGUUUCGACUCCCUCCAGCACCCUCUCCAACCUCGCCGGCUGGGGCCCCUACAUCUCUCUGGAAUCACCUCUGUGCCGUGACACGCCAAGCGGAUUCACCAUCGACCAGGUUACGGUCCUGAUGCGUCACGGCGCUCGUGGUCCUACUGCCUCGUCCUAUCCAAGCAUCAAGGCGGCAGUUGCCAAGGCCGCCAACGCCACUGUGAUGGACAGCGCCUUUGACUUUGUCAAAAACUACUCUGCUGAAGGGUUCACUGCGGACGCUCUCACCGACUAUGGACGCAAGCAGAUGUACGACGCCGGCAGCACCUAUGCUAAGCGUUACAAGAAGCUUGUCAAGAAGUACUUCACCCGUGCCGCCAGCCAGACUCGUGUCGUCGAGUCGGGCCAGUACUUUAUGCAGGGUUUCAACGGCGACAAGUUCGCCAUCAAGAACACCACGCUCUUGCCGACGAUGGACCUGAUCAUCAACGACGACGGUACCGUCAACAACACGUUGACCCAGGUCGCGUGCCCCGGUUAUGACGACUCGACCGACCUCGCUGCGGAGGCGGAGACCAACUUCAACGCGAUCUGGAAUGCUCCCAUCACCGCGCGCCUCAACGAGAAGCUUGUCGGUGCCAACUUUACCGACGGCGACAUCCGCCAGCUCUUCACUCUGUGUGGUUAUGAUGGUGUCAAGAACCUCCAGUACUCUGCUGGCGCUUGGUGCAACGCCUUUACUGCUGCCGAGUUUGAGCAGUGGGAAUACCUCUACGACCUUAGCAAGUACUGGGGACAGAGCUACGGCAGCCCGUACCGUGCGGCCAUGUAUGACGGCUACGUCAACGACCCGUCGUCCUCGGCGGCUCGGUCAACGCCACUCUCGACACCAACACUGCCACAUUCCCCCUUGACAAGACCUUCUACAUGGACUUUACUCAACAACGACCUCGUCUCAAUCGUCACCGCAUUGGGCCUUUGGAAGGAUCUCAACCCCCUCCCCACCACUGUCUCCGUUGACGCGAUUCCCAAUCGCUUCUUCCACAUCUCUCGCAUCUGUCCCUUUGGCUCGCGUAUCGUCUUUGAGCGCCUCUCCGACAAGAAGGGCACAAAGUACAUUCGCGUGCUCAUCAACGACGCCGUUGCUCCCCUCAACUUCCCCGACUGUGGCGCCUACUCGUGGGCCGGCAUGUGCGAACUCGACGCCUUUGUCGCCGCUCAGUCAUAUGCCCAGUCUGAGCCAAAGAACUUUAACCAGCUCUGCUACAGCGCCCCCCUCAACACUACUGUUGUCUAA